AUGGGUGAUGCAAUGGAGGUCGACAUGGAGCCAACGAGGGCGAGGGGAACGAAGCGUGGCUCCGAUGGCCAGCUCCCAACGGCAAAGCGACUUGGCCUGGUGCAGGAACCCGCAGGCGGCGAAGUUCUCCAGAACGCCUGGAAUGCGGAAGAUGAAUCCUCCUCUUUCCGAAAAUUCACCUCGAGAUCGACAAGUCUUCCAUUCGGCCAGCCAGUGGACUUCUCAUCCAUCAGCGGCCCUACCUAUAUCACCGCCCAGACUUUGGUCCAGCAAGUAGCAUAUGCGCUGUCUGACAAAAUUUUCUCGUACUCCCCCGAGUCCUUCGAUCUGGACGUUGCCGUGAAGAAUUGGUCCGCCCAGAACACUCCAAACGCCAAUGGCUACACUACACAAAUUGCCCCUAUGCAGACCCGCGUUGGGGCGGGAACAAUCGCCCUUGGAUAUAUGUUCUCAAAGGAUUUUGACUUGGCAAAGCGCCACAUCCCUCAAACACUUUUGGCCUCCUCUUCGAGCUUGCAUAGCCUGCAAUCAGCACUGGAUCAGCUCUCCCUCCUGUAUUCAGUUGCCAACCCAUUUGUCGCCCACGUUUCCGCGGUUGACUAUGCGCCGGGAGGACUCGUGUCUGAUUACGCCACCGCCCUAACUGUGGCAGAGGAGCUUGGCCUUGGCCUUGUUUCUAGCUCCUCUGCUUACGAGGCCCAGCACAUGUCCUUAUUCGCUACCUUGCUUGCUACCGUGCUACCAACCAUCCAUAUCUAUGAUGGUAUCAAUGUUGGACGUGACACUCUGCGUGUCAUUGACACUUUGAACCAGACUGGACUUAGCACGGCCUACCAAAGUAUCUCGAAAAAGCUUUCUAAGGUCAGCAAGAAGGCGGAUGCGGAAACCAAGCUCGUUCAGUUGCUUAAUGCUUUUAACAAUGAGCUUGGCACUGCUUACAAGCCCUUUGAGUACCACGGACAUGCUGCAGCAGAGAUAGUUUUGGUUGUAUUUGGCACUGUAGAAUCUUCUCUUGGAAGACAAGUUGCAGAGAAAUUAUCCUCGGAGGGCAAGAAAGUCGGUGUUAUCAACGUACGAGUUUACCGACCAUUCUCUGAAGAAGCAUUCCUGGAUGCACUACCAGCCUCAGUUCGGAAUAUUACUGUUCUUGGCCAGGUUCUGGAUCAGACUGCUGUUGCUGAUGAAUCGGUCCGCUCUCACCUUUAUGAGGACGUCCUCGCUGCCGCGGUGUUCUCUGACAAGUUCACCGUCCCGCCAUCCAUCGUCGAUUACAAAUAUGCCCGAGCAGAGUCUUUCACGCCGAAAUCAAUUGCGUCUAUCUUCCGCCAGUUGGCCAGCAGGAACGCCGAAGCUAGUGAGACGACGGAAUUGCUAGAUGUGGACCAAGUUGAACAAUACUCAUUCUGGGACCUGGAGGAUUCUGCAUCUGCCACUGCUCCCGUUGUAGUUGGUAAAUUGCUCUCUGGCAACUCCGCGAACAAUAUCUCCCUCAACCAAACUCAUGACAACUUUGUCCAAGGUGGAACGAUCAGAACCGAGAUCCGAAGCUCCAACAAGUCGAUCGAAGCAUAUUAUCCAAUUGAGGACGCUGAUGUGGCUUAUGUUGGCGAGGGGAAGCUCUUGAAGGAGAUUGGCAUUGUUAAGAAUGUUAAGACUGGCGGCAAGCUCAUUGUGAAGCUUCCAGGUGUCAAGGAUGAAGAUCUGGAAAAGAAACUGUCCCUUGCUAUCCGAAACGAUAUCAAGUUCAGGAGCAUCCAAUUGUUUGUCCUCGAUCCUACUUUAUCCGCGGCCGUCGAGAAAGAUGCUGCCGCUGAGGUUCUACUCGCCCAAUUGUCAUUCCUCAAGAUUGCUCAACCAGCUCUACUCGAGACUGGACUGGAGCAACUUGCCGCAAUCAAUGGCGGCUUGGACUUGUUGAAGGAGGUUGCAGCUGACCUGGACAAUUCUCUUCGGACCAUUGAGGUUCCAGAAUCAUGGUCUGAGGUCGAGGUCGAUGCGGAAGUUAUCGAACUCCCUCAAACAAUCAAAUCGAGCAGCUUCACCGGAUUUGAGAAAGAUGAAGUUGAGCCACCUUCUCUGCUACGUGACUGGCAAUCUGCUGCCAAAGCACUUGUUUUCAAGGAGGCCUACGGAACGAAGACCAACCUCAGACCAGACUUGUCUGUCAAGACCCACACAAUUACCGUCAAGGAGAACCGUCGCUUGACACCUCAGACGUAUGACCGCAAUAUCUUCCACAUCGAAUUUGAUCUUGGUGACUCGGGGCUCACCUACAACAUCGGUGAAGCUCUUGGCAUCCAUGCCGAGAAUGACGUUGAAGAGGUCAAACAGUUCAUGGAAUGGUAUGGUCUUAACUCUGAAGAUAUUGUUGAGGUGCCUUCGCGUGAAGAUCCAUCUGUUUUGGAUACCAGAACUGUGUUCCAGUCAUUGGUCCAUAAUGUCGAUAUCUUUGGCAAGCCACCAAAGCGAUUUUACGAAGCUCUGGCAGAAUUCGCAACAGACGAGAACGAGAAGAAGGAACUCUUGACACUCGGAGGACCAGAGGGCGCCACAGAGUUCAAGCGCCGCACUGAAGUUGACACCAUCACCUAUGCCGACAUCCUCUUAGAAUUCAAAUCCGCCCACCCCAGCUUCCACGAUAUCGCCCGCAUUGUCGCCCCCAUGAAGCGCCGCGAAUACUCCAUCGCAUCCGCGCAAAUGGUAAACCCCACAACCGUCGCCCUGAUGAUCGUCGUCGUUGCCUGGGUCGACCCCAAGGGCCGCGACCGUUUCGGCCAAGCAUCUCGGUACCUGAGCCAACUCCCCGUGGGCACAAAGGUAACCGCCUCCGUCAAACCAUCCGUGAUGAAGCUCCCAGCAAAGGACUCCGCACCACUGAUCAUGGCCGGACUCGGUACGGGACUCGCCCCUUUCCGCGCGUUCGUCCAAUACCGCGCCAUGCAAAAAGCGCAAGGCAAAGACAUCGGUUCUAUCCUGCUGUACAUGGGCUCUCGUCACCAACGGGAGGAAUACCUCUACGGCGAAGAAUGGGAAGCCUACCAAGAUGCGGGUGUUAUUACGCUGCUCGGCCGCGCGUUCUCGCGUGACCAGCCCGAGAAAAUCUACAUCCAGGACCGCAUGCGGCAGACGGUCGACCAUAUUAUCAAGGCGUAUAUUAAGGAGGAGGGCGCCUUCUAUCUCUGCGGACCGACCUGGCCGGUACCUGAUGUUACUGAGGUGCUGGAGGAGGCUAUUGCCACAGCGGCCAAGGAUUCGGGGAAGAAGGUUGCACCAAGAAAGGAGAUUGAGCGACUGAAGGAGGAGUUGAGAUAUGUUCUCGAGGUUUAUUAA